AUGGGUGAGGAACCGCAUUUAUGCUCUGUAUGUAGGAAAUGUUUUACACAUAAAUCAGAUCUUGUUAGACAUCAGAGAACUCACACGGGUGAGAAGCCGUUUUCAUGCUGUGUAUGUAGGAAAUGUUUUACACAGAAAUCAGAUCUUGUUAAACAUCUGAGAACUCACACAGGUGACAAACCAUAUCGUCCCGGAUCCACUACCAACUUGCUGUGCAGCAACAAGAGGAUAUCUCCAGCACUCACCAACACAAAUGAGGACAUUCUAAACCUAACAUGGACUCUCAUGUAUGGAAGCCUUUCCACCUCUAAAGUGGUCACCGGUGAGUGGGAGGAAGCAGACAGGAGACAUUACUGUGACUGGCAGAAGGUAAUUACAGGGUAUACUGUCCUGUGUAGCUCAUCUGUAUCCCUGAUGAUGGACGGACAUCACAUGACUGAGAGGAUAUUACACCUGACCCUGGAGAUUAUCUACCUGCUGACUGGAGAGGAUUAUAAAGUAAUGAAGAAGACAUCUGGAGAGCCUGUGACACCCAGACGCCACCCCCGUGUGUCAGGAGGACUGAGCAGGACCCAGAGCCCCAUCCCGGUGCCUUCACCUCACUCACUGAUACAUGGGAGACUCAAUGACCAGAAGAUCCUGGAACUCACCAACAAGAUCAUUCAGCUGCUGACUGGAGAGGUUCCUAUAAGGUGUGAGGACGUCACUGUCUAUUUCUCCAUGGAGGAGUGGGAGUAUAUAGAGGAACACAAGGAUCAGUACAAGGACGUGAUGAUGGAGAAUCACCGGCCCCUCACAUCACUGGAUGGGGCCAGUAACAGGAAUACCCCAGAGAGAUGUUCCUGUCCUCUUUAUUCCCAGGAUGAAACAGAGGAGAAUCACAGUGUCCCACAGGAAGGUCAGGGGAAAGAGCUAAUUAUUAUUAAAGCAGAAGAUAUAAAAAAGGAAGAGGAGACGUAUGUGUGGGAUGAUCAACCGUGUAAGGAGGAAUUCCCUAAAGGUAUCAGCACAGCAGAUGAACAGAACAGCAGGAAUAACUCGGGGAGACAUCUCAUAGUGUCUCCAGAUUGUGAAAUAAAUGAUAUCUUCUCACAGGACUCUGUAGAGGAACACCCCAUUAUCCCAAGUAUACAUCCAGCAUUUCUCGGUGCAACUUUAUCAUCUUAUCCUACUAAUCACAGAGACUGCGCACCUGAAAAUUCCAGUAUUGUUGCACAGAGUUUAGAUCAUACAGAUGAUAAACCAUUUUCAUGUUCUGAAUGUGGGAAAGGUUUUACGAAGCAGUUAAGUCUUUCUAUACAUCAGAAGAGAGUUCACACAGCUGAGAGGCCUUUUCUGUGUUCUGAUUGUGGGAAAUGUUUUAAAUUGAAAGGAGAUCUUAAUAGACAUAAGAGAACUCAUACAGGUGAGAAGCCAUUUUCUUGUUCUGAGUGUGAGAAAUGUUUUGCACGCCAGGGAACACUUGAUGCACACCAGAGAGUGCACACAGGUGCAAGACCAUUUUCGUGUUAUAAAUGCGGAAAAUGUUUUGCACGUCGGCGAUCGCUUGAUGGGCAUCUAAGAACUCACACGAGUCAGAAGACAUUUCUGUGUUCUGAGUGUGGCAAAGGCUUUACAAGGAAAGGCCAACUUAAAAGACAUAAGAGAAUUCACACAAGUGAGAAGCCAUUUCCAUGUACUGAAUGUGGAAAAUGUUUUAUGCGUUUACCAAGUCUAAUUAAGCAUCAAAGGAUCCACACAAGUGAGAAUCCAUUUACUUGUUCAGAAUGUGGGAAAUGUUUUACACGCCCUUCAAUACUCGCUGCACAUAAGAGAACUCACACGGGCGAGAAGCCAUAUUCAUGCUCUGAAUGUGGGAAAUGUUUUGCACAACUGGGAACGCUUAUUGAACAUCGAAGAACUCACACAGACCAGAGGCCAUUUUCAUGCUCGGAAUGUGGGAAAUGUUUUAAACAUAAAUCCGCUCUUUUUAGUCAUCAAAACCUUCACACAGGAGAAAAUCAAUUUACAUCAGAUACUAGAAAUCCUGAAAUUGCAGUGGUAGUAUAAUUUUUAUUGAACAUUUUCAAGAUAAGCAAAAAUACACAAUUGUAGCCUAGAUUGGUGUUCCUCCUUAAUGAGGAAUACAUUACAUUUGCAUCUUCACACUAUAUAAGGAGAUUUAUGGUAAGAACUUACCUUUGUUAAAUCACUUUCUGCGAGGUAGACUGGAUUCCACAGGGAAUGACAUCGGGGUGUAGCGUUGGAGCUUGAUCCGAGGCACCAACAGCCUAAAAGCUUUGACUGUUCCCAGGAUGCAUAGCGGCGCCUCCAGGCACUGGAGCUCAGUUUUGUUAACCAAUCCAAUGCAGUAGCAGGUAAUAGAGACGACAACAGUUAGUAGACACAUACACUACAUUCUCACGACAGGAGAAAGUACCAGCGGCUAAUGCCAUACAAUCUAAAAGAGCUAAGUGCGUCAGGGCGGGCGCCCUGUGGAAUCCAGUGUACCUUGCAGAAACAGAUUUAACAAAGGUAAGUUCUUAUCAUAAAUCUCCUUUUCUGCAGUGGGGUACACUGGUAUUCCACAGGGAAUAACAUCGGGGAUGUCCUAAAGCAGUUCCUCAUGGGAGAGGAGGCACUGUAGCGGGCACAAGAACCCGGCGUCCAAAGGAGGCAUCCUGGGAGGCAGACGUAUUGAAGGCAUAGAACCUUAUGAACGUGUUCACUGAGGACCACGUAGCCGCCUUCCACAAUUGUUCAAGGGUCGCACCACGGCGGGCCGCCCAAGAAGGUCCAACAGACCGAGUAGAAUGGGCUUUGAUGGUAGCAUGAGCUGGAAGGCCAGCCUGUACAUAAGCAUGUGCAAUCACCAUUCUAAUCCAUCUGGCCAAGGUCUGCUUAUUAGCAGGCCAGCCACGUUUGUGAAAUCCAAAGAGAACAAAGGGGUUAAUUCCAAGUUGAUCGCAGCAGGAAUUCUGUUAGCAA